GCUUUUACGUUUUCAAAAAAGAUACACCAGAGGACCCCUGUAUGGCUACCUCGCCAGGAUCAGAUCCCAGUAGCCAUGGCUCCUCGCUAGAGUCACCCUUACUCCCUCCAUCCAAAGAACCCGGAUGGGAACCUGAACCCGGAUCCGAACCCGAGAAGCUCUGCAUAGACGACAUGUUACAAAAGUACUGCGGAGAAUUUGCCUGGCAAUUGAGACACUUUGUUUUAACGAGCCUAGCAUGGGCCCUGGAAGCUUUCCACACCAUGGUGAUGAUAUUCGCAGACCAGGAACCGGCUUGGCGGUGUUUAAGGGGCAGCCGUUCGGGGUGUGAUGAGAAGGAGAGCAGUGUUUGUGGGCUUGAACCGGGGUCUUGGGAAUGGAAGGGUGGUUCGGGAAGCUCCACGGUGGCUCAGUGGGGAUUGGUUUGUGGUGAGAAGUAUAAGGUUGGGCUUGUUCAGGCCUUGUUUUUUGGCGGCUGCAUGAUUGGUGCAGGAGUAUUUGGCCAUCUAUCAGACUCAAAACUGGGAAGAAAAGGUUCCUUAACAGCAGUUUGCAUCUUAAAUGCCAUCUUUGGUUGCCUUACGUCAUUAGCCCCAGACUACUUCACAUAUCUCCUACUUCGGUUUCUGACAGGGUUCAGCACCGGAGGUGUUGGCCUCUGCUGCUUUGUCCUGGCCACUGAACCUGUUGGCCCAACAAAGCGCGGUGCUGCUGGAAUGUCCACAUUCUACUUUUUUUCAACUGGAAUAGCAUUACUCUCAGGCAUAGCUUACAUCUUCCCUUCAUGGCGUGCUCUUUAUAUCGCCUCCUCUAUCCCCUCUAUUAUUUUCCUUGUUCUGGUUGUUCCUUUUAUCUCUGAGUCCCCACGUUGGUACCUUGUUCGUGGGAAAAUGAACGAAGCGAUGAAAAUCAUGCGCACAAUAGCUAAGUCUAAUGGACAAUACCUUCCUGAUGGGGUUAUCCUUGCACUGGAUGAUGAAUCUAAUGAUGCAUCAAAUGAUAACCGGAGUUGCAAAGAAGCAAUUAGUGGUUCUCUUAUAGAUGUAAUCCGAUUACCAAUCACUCGUAUUCGACUUUUUCUAACAGUGGGAAUCAACUUCACAUGCUCAGUUGUGUACUAUGGCCUUAGCUUAAAUGUUGUCAACCUCGAGACAAACCUUUACCUCAAUGUGCUCCUCAAUGCAGUAGCUGAAAUGCCAGCAUUCACCAUAACUGCAAUUAUGUUGGACAAAUUUGGGAGGAAGCCAUUGGCAAUUGGGACACAAUGGUUCAGUGCAAUCUUUUGCUUUACGGGGAGCCUGGUGGGAAACGUUGGAAUAUGGAAAGUAAUAAGAAUGUUUUGCGGGAUUCUAGGGAUAUUUGGCAUGGCCGGAACUUAUAAUCUGUUGUUCAUCUACACAGCAGAGCUCUUUCCUACGGUGGUGAGGAAUGCUGCCCUGGGAUGUGCAACUCAGGCAGCCCAAAUGGGAGCUAUUUUGGCACCAUUUGUUGUGGUUUGGGGCGGUGGCCUUCCGUUCCUAGUGUUUGGUGUGUGUGGAUUGAUUGGAGGGAUGCUUGCAUAUUACUUACCAGAGACACUGAACAAGCCAUUGUAUGACACAAUGACAGGAAUGGAAGAGGGGGAGACUGCUUGAGGAGUUGCAUGAAACGCAAUUGGUGACUCUUUCAAUUUUUGUCACACAGCUUCAUUACAAUAUUGAGCACAUAAACUUCACAUAAUGGGUUUUACUUUCAUGGCAUUUUGAUUAUUCUUUGACAUCCAACAACGGCUAAUCUAUGCAACAGAAUGAGAAUGACUAAAAUUGUUCAGUAAGAGAAAACAAAUCAUUGGUCAAAGCAGAAGCGGAACUUGAGGCCAAACCAUGACUAUAUAGCUUAACACAUUCCUUAAGACUGUUGUAUGUUCCUUUUGCUUUCUGUGAUUCUUAUAUCUGCUUGCUGGUUUGGUUUCUUCAAUGGAUGGUAUGAAGUUCCAUGAAAGCAGCUUUCUUUAGCUCCAUGAAUGAUCUCACUAGAGAGG